AUGAAAGUAGAAGCUGAUGGAGAGGACUGUGGAGGAGCAGAAACCAGCAGGAACUCAGAUCUAAAUCCUCAUGGAGAUGCUUCUAGCUCUUCAGAGACUGAAGUCAAUGAGGAUGAUGAAGACGAUGAAGAUGGGAACAAUCCUGACUCUCAGCUGGAACACUUGUCAGACUCUGGGUCAACAACUGAAGACAGUGACAAAGACUGGAAGGAGAGCAGAGCUCCUGAGUCAGCUGGACAGGUGGGAAGAAGCAAGUCCCUUUUGGAGCAGGUCCAUGAAGAAGUUUAUGUUCAGCAGACUCUGCUGAUCACAGUAGAUGCUUCUGAGGAAUGGAGGUCUGAUGUGGACCAGCAGGACCCAGAGCCCCUCCACAUCAAGGAGGAAGAGGAGGAACUCUGGACCCAAUUGGAGGGAGAGCAGUUCAUUUUGAAGGAGGAGACUGAUGCCAGCAGGUUUUCAUCCAUUGUUGUUCAUGUGAAGAGUGAGGAUGAUGAAGAGAAGCCUCUGUUCUCACAGCUUCAUCAGCACCAAAUGGAGGACGGAGAUGUUCCAACCAGCAGCUCAGCUGACCAGAUGAAAGUAGAAGCUAAUGGGGAGGACUGUGGAGGAGCAGAAACCAGCAGGAACCCAGAUCUAAAUCUUCAUGGAGAUGCUUCCAGCUCUUCAGAAACUGAAGUCCGUGAGGAUGAUGAAGACGACAGAGAGAAGAAAAGUGUAGAGGCACACAGGAAAAUUCAGACAGGACCAAAAUCAUUUAGUUGUGAUGAAUGUGGGAAAAGAUUUAACAGAAAAACAAAUUUAAAAACACACAUGAGAGUCCACACAGGAGAGAAGCCAUUUAAAUGUGAGUUUUGUGGACAAAAAUUUAGCCGGACGACAAGUUUAGACUCGCACAUUAGAGUCCACAAGGGACAGAAACCAUUUAACUGUGAGGUUUGUGGUCAUAGAUUUAGUAAGAAAACUAAUUUAAACAGACAUAUGAGUGUCCACACAGAACAGAAACCCUUUGUUUGUGGUGACUGUGGAAAAAGAUUUAGUCAUAAAACAUCUUUGAACUCACACAUGAGAAUCCACACAGGACAGAAACCAUUUGAAUGUGAACAUUGUGGACAAAAAUUUAGCCACAAGACAAGUUUGAACUCACACAUUAGAGUCCACACAGGACAUAAACCAUUUGAAUGCGAGCUUUGUGGUCAAAGAUUUAGUGAAAAGACGAAUUUAAAUUCACACUUAAGAGUCCACAUAGGACAUAAACCAUUUGAAUGUGAGAUUUGUGGACAAAGGUUUAGCCACAAAACUAAUUUAAACUCACAUGUGAGAGUCCACACAGGACAGAAACCAUUUGAAUGUGAAAUUUGUGGACAAAGAUUUAGUUAUAAGACUAGUUUAAACAGACACACAAAAGUCCACAGGAAACAAAGCUCCCUGCAGUGAGGUUAAAGUUUUAGACUGAGGUUAACAGUCUAAAACUUAGACUAACACACGAGAACCUUCACAGGAGAGAA